AUGGCGGCGGAGGAGCGCAAGAGGACCUUCCGCAAGUUCUCGUACCGUGGUGUUGACCUCGAGCAGCUGCUCGAUGUCUCCAGCGAGCAGUUCAUGGACAUGGUCAACUGCCGUGCCCGCAGAAAGUUCAAGCGCGGUCUUAAGCGCAAGCCCAUGGGCCUGAUCAAGAAGCUGCGCAUUGCCAAGCAGAACGCUCCGGAGAACGAGAAGCCCGAGAUCGUCAAGACCCACCUGCGCGACAUGAUCAUCGUCCCCGAGAUGGUCGGCUCCGUCGUCGGUGUCUACAACGGCAAGACCUUCAACCAGGUUGAGGUCAAGCCCGAGAUGAUCGGCCACAUGCUGGCUGAGUUCUCGAUCACCUACAAGCCGGUCCGCCACGGUCGCCCCGGUAUUGGUGCCACCCACUCGUCGCGCUUCAUCCCCCUCAAGUAA